AUGGAAGAAAAUGAUAAGAAAAAAAAAUCAAGUAAAAAAGCAAUUGUACCCGAUGGUGGAUGGGGAUGGAUGGUUGUCUUGGCAUCAUUCUUGAUUCAUUUCAUUAUGGAUGGAAUAACAUAUUCAAUGAGUCAAACAUUCUUAGACCCCAUGCGUACAAAACUUGCACUUGAUCGAGCUUCAGUUUCAGCUAUUUUCGGUAUUCUACCAGCUGUUACUCUUGGUGCAGGACCAAUCGCAACUGUACUUACGAAUAUGUAUGGAUGUCGUAUAGUAGCAAUAGCAGGUACUUGUAUUGCUGCUUUUGGAUUUUUUCUUAGUCGAUUAUGGGCGAACGUCUGGUUUUAUUAUAUAACAAUUGGUUUUAUUGGAGGUCUUGGUUUUGCACUGAUGUAUUUGCCAGCUAUUGUCUCUGUCGGAUUUUAUUUUGAAAAAAAACGUACAUUUGCUAUGGGUAUUGCUGUAUGUGGUUCAGGUGUGGGUACAAGUGUACUAUCUUAUAUCAUGAACGAAAUUGUCAAUGUAAAGACAUGGAUCAACUAUGAGAAUGCAUUACUCAUUGAAUGUUUUAUUAUCAUAAUUAGUCUUCUAUGUGGCUAUCUUAUGCGUCCUCUACCACAAGAACCUAGUGAACAACGACGUCUAGAGCGAAAAAUACUUAAAGAAAGUCAACAAAAAUCAACAUCAGAAACGGAUGACAAUGAAGUUGACAUCAUUGUGAAAUCAUCAAACAAAUCUUUUUUUCGUCAAAUUAUCGAACAAAUCGAUCUUAGUCUAUUAAAAAAUCCUGCAUUUACAUUGUUUGUUAUAUCGAAUUUUUUUACAAGUCUUGGCUUUAAUGUCAUUUACAAUUUUGCUGAUGAUCUUGCAAAGGAUGGAAAUGUUGCUAUACAUCAUCGAUCAUAUAUUGUUAUGUCAAUUGGUAUCUCAAAUAUUUUUGGUCGUAUUAUUAUUGGUUUUUUUGGUGAUCGAAAAUGUGUAAAUCGACUUGUACUUUUUAUUGUAGCAUUGAUUAUUUCUGGUGUUGCUACAAUGAUUGCUCCAUUAUGUGGUGCUUCUAUUUUUCUACAUAUCGGUUAUGCAUCUGCUUUUGGCUUCUUUUCAGGUGGUUAUGUUACUUUAACAGCAAUUGUUCUUGUUGAUAUAGUUGGUAUUAAUAAACUAUCGGAUGCAUUCGGUGUUUUUUUACUUUUUGUUGGUAUUGCUACUGCCAUUGGAACACCAAUUGUAGGUCGCAUGCGAGAUGCUUUUGCUAAAUUUGCUCGACCGUUUCUUUGGCCGUAUUUUAUUUUUGGUACUUGUACUGUUAUCAGUGGUAUCGUACUCUUUGCUAUUCCUUUAUUACAACGAAAAAAGACAAAUGACAAUCAAGUGGAAAUGGAUGGUGAUACAACCACCACGAAAGGCGAUCCAUCACACGAAGAGCAACAACAAAACGUUUAA